AUGUGCAAGCAACAUUUUUAUAAUUAUUGCAUGAUGAACAAUUUGCUGAGGCAGUAUAUUUGCCAUAUGGAAUGAUUCUGACUCAGUCAUAUGUGUGAUAUAAACUUCUUCAUUUGUAAUCAGACUUCCAAUCUCACUCAUUUCAAGUAUUAUCUAAUCAUUUAUACGUUUUAUUCAGUCUUCGCGGAUAUUUUUACUGUUCCAUACUAGUUUACUUGCUUGCUUGAAACGUUGUGGUUUAUUGAAUUUUUUUUAAGGAACGAAGCACAUUUCUUUGAUUAUUUGGUGGUUUUAAGUUAGUAAGACAUUGUAGCAGUGAAAGUGAAAUUUCACUUGUGACAGUCAUACAUACUCCAACAUGGAUGAUAACAUUUUGGAAAAACUCCAAAAGAAUAAUGUAUUGCCUGAGGAUCUUCAAAAGAAGCUCUCUGACAUGGUUCAGAAAUAUCGCAACAUGGAUGAGGAUGAAAAGAUCAAAUUCCACGAAGAAGCUAAGCAUAUGUUCAAAAAUAAUUUAAAUACAGUUGUGGAAAAUAGUGGCAGCAGCUAUUACAACAUCUUUUCUCUAGCACAGUUCUAUGUUGUCCUAGUAGCUGUCUUACUGAUCAUCCUUGUCUUUGUAUUCUUUGGCUUCAAGUUGUACAAAAGUCUGAAAGAUCGCGAGAAGAAACGCGAAGAGAAGAAGAGAAAUAAGCAACUGAGAAAAAAGAAGUAACGUUUGGAUGGGAAAUACAGAAAGGGCAUUCAUAAACGUCAAGAAUUUGGAUUAUUGGAAAACGAAGAAAUUUCAAUCAGAAAUUUGAAAGAACUACGGUCUGUACAGCGGAGGCAACGUUAAAAUUGUCCCGCCAGAUACUUCACACAAUGCAUAUACAAUAAUUCAGAAUCAACAAUGACUGCUUAUUUUGUGAAGUGAACAUAUAUAUAUAUCCCAUUUAUGAGCAAACUGUGUUCGUUCAUUUCGAUGAAUUUUCAAUCCUGACUUUAAUGUAAGGUGCAGAGAUGAGUAGGGAGACACAUGACGCUACGGUUUUAGGCACAGAACUUAUAUUCUGGAAGGGGAAUGGAGCUGUUGAAAGUGGCCCUAAAAUGUUGAAACAGAGAUACAUAUAUAUCUCUUUCCCACUUCGUAACAUCCAGUUUCCCUAAUUGUGUAAGUGCGCAAUUUUACUAAUCUAACAAAACUUAACCAAUCUAAUGCGAAACGCAAGUUACAUGAAGACUGAAGGAAUUCGAUUUGAGGCAGUGGUUUUUAUGAUUCAUAGAAAUGUGAUUAAAAAAAAAGAACAUAAACCAAUAAAGUUUCCAGAGUAUAAGUUCUAAUCCUAAAACCGUAGCGUUGUGCAUCUCCCUACUCAUCUCUGUAGGGUGGAUGGACUUCGAUAACCACACAUAAUGGUGUCUGAAAUUUUUAUUAGUCCACGUGCAUUUGCAAGUGAAAUUAUCAUUCCCAAAUACAAAAUGCUCGUUACACCAUACUGCGCGUCUUCAAUAUACUUAAUACAAUAAAAUUUAGGUGAUUGAAAAUAGAGAAAAAUAAUUCUUCUAUUUCAUAUAACUCUUUCUUAGUCUAUAAUCAUAAUCGAACUAGACGCGAUUACAUGGCGUUGUACAGUCGUGACGUUAAACUAUCCUAGAAUUAAAACUUAUAACAACCGCCAGGAUUGUUUCACAAGGAUCCCAUAAAAUACUUUACGUUCUCAAGAGAACAAAAACGAUAUAAGAUCAUUUUAAUCUUGAGCUGACUGUGCAAUCGCUUUGAUCCAAUAGACAUGCUUCUUGGCAAAUACUAUUAAUCAAGACAUGACAUGUUCAUAUACACGUUA